AUGGCACCAACAGGCUGGCUCGAUGUCCAUACCCAUUUCUUCCCUCCCCUGACAGACGCACAAGCGGAGGAGAUGGCUCAAGCACUUCGCAACGGGAACUUCAUGGUAUCUGCAUCGUCGCUGCAUUGGAACGUUGAGAACAUCAUUCAGUACAAUGACGGUGCUAGUGUACAAAUGUCGCUACUCAGCUACUUACCCUAUCCGCACGAGAAGUUGAGAGCUGCCAAUGACCUCGGACACAACAUAGUGAAGAAAUAUCCUCAGCGAUUCGGGCAGCUUGUUGGUCUUCCUACCGAUGACACAGAAGCCUGCCUUUCAGAGAUCAGAAGAGUGGAGCAAUGGGACCUUCGGCCUGAUGGCUUUGCAACAACCACGUUGUACAACCAAGUUCCUCUGAGUGAUUCAAGACUCGAACGGGUUUGGCAAGUGCUGAACCGCCGACAUGCGGUUGUCCACAUACAUCCAAACGCAUAUGUUGCAGGCACGUACGGAAAGCCUAGCCCACUGAUCGAUGUGGCGUUUGAUACGGCGAGAGUCGCCACUGAUAUGCUAUACAAGGGGGUGUUCCGACGAUUUCCAAACAUCAAGUUCAUCUUUGCCCACUGCGGAGGAGCACUUCCAGCUCUUUCCGGACGGAUCAGCCUCCUAGGAACAGAGUCCUGGGUCCCAAAUCCAGAAAACUUGACACGAGAGGAGAUCGAGGAGCAGCUAUCAAGUCUCUAUAUCGACACAGCCGCAACAGCUAAAACUGGGCUAGCUCCUGCUGCAAACAUGGUCGGCAUUGGCCAUUGCCUUUAUGGAUCAGACUGCGGAGUCCCUUGCUCAACCCCACGCACCAUGAAUGAGAAUAAAGAAGACGUCGAAGCUUUUGAGAGACGGCAACGGUUACCAGCCGGCACUAUCGCGAAGAACACAUGGGGGCUCUUUCCCGCCGCAGCAAAAAGAGCCGAGCAAGGCGGUCCGCUAACCAAAGAUGAACAUUGA